GAAAUUGCAGGGGAGAGUGAGGGUGGCUGCGGCUCGCCGGCCGGAAAUCGGUGGCCGCGGCAAGAGACCAUGGCGCUUCUGAAGAUCCGGUCUGAUAUGGACUCGGUCUUCCAGGAAGCCACUCCCAAAGCCCCCUUAUGGGAAGAGGUCUCCAGGAAGCUGCGGGAGGAAGGAUAUCAACGGAGCGCCAAGAAAUGCAAAGAGAAAUUUGAUAACGUUUUUAAGUAUUAUAAGAGAACUAAGGAAGCUCGCGCCGGCAAAAGCUACCGUUUUUUCAGCCAGCUGGAGGCUCUCCGCCCCUCUUCCUCCACCGCCGCCGCCGUCCCGAACCCCCCGCAGCUCACGCACCACCGCUGCCAAUAUUGAGCCUCAGUAAACAUGGUUAACAUCGAGGCGAGCACUUCUGCCGCCGCCGCCCCGUCUCAACACACCCUGUUUUCCAUCAAUGUACCGCGACCGCCGCCGGCCGUUGCUGCGCCUCCUACGAUUCCGAAGAUCGCUCCGCCUUCAACUGAUGCUGCUCAUGGGCCGAGUUCCUCGUCCAACACAUCAAGCUUUUCCGGCACCGAGUCGGAGGGUGAGGAGGAGGGAGAAACUAGUCGGAAGAGGAAGCGAAAGCUUCGUGGUGGCGGCGAAGAGGAGGCGUCGGAAGGAAGCGGAAAGAUGAUGGCUUUUUUCGAAAGUCUCAUACACAAGGUGAUGGAUCAGCAAGACAAAAUGCUUCAGAGAUUUUUGGAAGCAAUAGAGCGGCGGGAACAAAACAGAAUGAUAAGGGAAGAAGCGUGGCGGCGUCAGGAAAAGAGCCGCCUUUCUCGGGAACAUGAACUAGCCGCUCAGGAACGUGCCGCCAAAGCUUCGCGAGACGACGCAAUCUUUUCCUUUCUCCAGAAACUCACUGGUCAAAAAAUCCCCAUUCCACCUCCACCUCAACCUCUUCCAAUCACAGUUAUCCCCGCCGAAGAAACACCAACUUCACCCCCGCCGCCGCCUCCGCCGCCCAUGCCGCCAGAAAACCCCCAUAUGCCACCAAAAGAAACGACUUUGGUUCCUUCCAGCAGAACGACUACUGAGCCACUACUGUCUUCCCGUUGGCCGAAAUCGGAAGUACAUGCGCUCAUCAAACUGCGAGGUGGGAUGGAAUCCAGAUAUCAGGAAUCAAUCCCAAAGGGUCCAUUGUGGGAGGAGAUCUCGGCCGGCAUGCUCCGCCUCGGCUACAAUCGGAGCGCGAAACGCUGUAAGGAAAAAUGGGAGAAUAUCAAUAAGUACUUUAAGAAGGUGAAGGAGAGCAAUAAGAAUCGCCGAGAAGAUGCCAAGACCUGCCCUUAUUUCCACCAACUGGACGCUCUCUACCGCAAUAAACUCCCCGGCGGCAGUUCCUCCGCCGGCACAGCACUACAAACUGUCUCCGCAGCCGAUCACCUCGCCAUCAUCCCUCCUUCCACGGCCGCCACUAUGCAGCAAGAAGACCGCUUCGGCUUCUUCGAAGAAGGAUCCAGCUCUGUUUCUCCGAUAAAAAAGCCAGAAGACAUUGUGAAGAAGAAGGUUGUGGAACCCGAGAGAGAGAAAUGGGUGGAAAGCUGCAGCUUUCAGUUCAGCAUACAGUGUAUGAUGCCAAUAGUACUUUGCGGAAGUACCGGACAGAACAACUACUUUGCCAUGGUCCGGUAGACUUCUCUCUCUCUCUCUCUAGAUAUAGGUCUAUUUAUCUUCAUUUAUGCAUCGUUUAGAUAAAUCAUCUUCUUGAACGAUUUCUAUCACAUUGUUUUGCUCCGCACGAAUAAAAUUUGAGUGGGGAUGCGGCGGCGCCCGGCGGCGGGUGGCUGAGAACAUUGGGAGGAAACCAAUAAGGUUGAUUUGAUUUCUGCUU